AAAUUUCCUGGAUAUCAUACCUACUGGGCUGAAGCACAGACAAAAGGUUACAGUGGAGUUGGGUGAGUAUGUUACAGGUCAAAAUUAAAUUCAGGUUAAAUUUUUUUAACCUAGGUUGAUUUUCUAUUUCCUUUGUCUCCUAGUGCCCUAAUUCAUGAAUAAUUAGGGCUAGGGGACAAAGGAAAUUGAGAAACAACUUAGGUUAAAAAAAUUUAACCCGAAUUUAAUUUUGACCUGUAACAAGUAUGUAAAUCCAAUAAAGCCAUUCUAAAGUGAAGUAUUGUUUUGUAUGACAAACGUGCAAGUCUUUUGUACCGGUCCAAAGUCUGAAAAUAAGUUCAAAAGGCAUGAUAGCUCUUUAAAGUCAUUCUUAUGAUAAUGAUAAUACUUUUUAUAAUAUUAAUAAUGAUGAUUAUAGUACUUUAAUUAUCCUUUUGAUCUCGAUCCCCUUUUGGUGCUUUUCAGCGAUAAUGAAACAAAUGAUUUAAAUGGAACAUAACAUUGUUAAAACAACCAACUGGUAGGAGAGGACCCGGUUGGCAAAAUCUAGGUAGUGGCUAGGGCAGGACAAGAACUUGGGGCCUCUGAAUUACAAGUCCAGCACUUUAACUGCUCAGCCACCCUGAAUUAUGACGUGAAGUGCAAAAAAAUUUUGAAAUUUCCUCGGUCUGAUUGGCUUAAAAGUCGUGUGACGUUGCAGAUUAUUUUACAAUGCAAAUUAUUUAAAAAAUUGCAUCCUUUUACAAGAAAAGGCCAGGGUUUUUUUCCACCCUUUCUAACCUCAGCUACUUAAUUGAUCCCAAUUCUGCAGUGGUGCCUUAUCUGGGGUUGCAUGGAUACUCAGAACUGAUGCUCCUCUUUUUAGAACCAGCUUUUCUAAGGCAUUUUAGUGCUCAUGUGCUUUCUUUGAAUAUGCAUUUCAAAUAAUUAUAUAGGUUGUUAGCUUAUCCAUGUUUGCCCUGCAAACUGUAUAAGAAUUGUUAUAAUUUUUAUUUUUAUUUUUUUAUAGUUAGAAAUGCAUUAUUAGAGUGAGCAUUGACACGCAACAUCAAAAUUUAUGUAAUGACUUUUUCAUGAAAGUGGCCUUACAAAUUGCAAAAACAGUUCAGUAAGGCAGGACAUUUGUUCAAAGAAUGACUAGAGUGGUUAAAACUUUCCAAAAACAUCCAUCAUGUGGCCAAUUUACUUGCAAAAGUCCAGUAUUCAGUUUAUGCAUAAAUUAAAGCCCUACUAAAUACAAUAUCUCGAAAUUCCAUUCUUGUACUAUUAAUAUGCUUGUGCAUAUGAAACAAGGUUUUUUAAAAUUUUCACCUUAUAUUACCAGUCGUAAUGUUAGGGUUAUUGUUUUUGUUUUUGUUUUUUUUCUUUUAGUUUUUCAUGGGAAGUCUCUGCUCAGGCUAAAAUGAAUGUGUUUGCUUUCAGCAGGCUAGCUCUUUGUUGUAAAGCCUAUUCCUAGUAUACUACGUACACCAAAUCAUUGUAGUUAUUACAUUAAUUAUUAAAUUGAUAUUCUUUUGAUUAUGUAUAUUUAUUUUAGACUCUGCAGCAAGACAAAGCCGUUGAAUGUAUCUUAUGGUAUAGGUCAGUUGCUAUGUUUUAGAUGUUGUAGCACUGUGAGGCUCAAGGUUUUUCUUUACUUGUCAUGUACAUUUUCUACACAGAAAUAAGUACUUUUGAUUAAAGCUGAUUUCUUUUAGAAGAAUUACUCUGAACACGAAAGAACAGUUUUUAUUUGCUCAUUUCUAAAUUUGAAAACAUAAUAAUGUCAACCUGAAUUGCUAUGAACUGUAUUGUAAAUCUGUUAUUUGUGCAUUUUCCUGGAAAUUACACUGUACAGUGUAAGUAUUAACAUUAUAAUAUAAAAUUAAUGGUAUCUUGAUUGGUUCUUGUUUGACGAUAAUCUAGGGGUGAUGGGAAUAAGGUACUAAGUGUCUCGUGAUGCAAUCUCUAAUUCUCUCUUUUAUUGACAAACACAUAAAGGAAAAUUAAAGGGAGAAUCAAGGAGGCAGCGUGUCCGAGUGGUCAGCGCGUCGGACUCGCAACCCGGCGGUCCCGGGUUCGAGUCCCGCUCUGACCACUUGCUGGAUUUGUGCUCGGUCGUCCCGAGUUCAAAUUCUCGGCCUCGCCUGUAAAUAGCCAACUGGUUGCCUUCUGCUAGUUGGGGUUUUUAAUCCUGUUAUGUUGUAUUUGAAUUAUUUGUUUCUAAUAUUUGAGUGGAGUGCCUGUAAAUUAGCUGGACAAGCUAAGUGCUCUUUCCACUAUAAACAAGCCUUUAACCUUUUUUUUUUUUUAAUCUAGUAGUUUAUCAGAAGUCACUUGGGAAUUAAUUGCAUGUACAGUCAACUUUCAUCCUGCAGGAAUGUCUCUUUUACAGAUAAAAAUAAACAGUAAUAUCAUCAUGGGUUGCAAAGAGGCAAAAUGUAUCAUGUUUUUUCAGGCAUUGAAGAGCAUGACAAUGAAGGAAGAGUUAUAACAGCUGAAUUUAAAGAGUUUUAUUUAGUAGCAUCAUGUGAGUAGUCUAAUACUAAUCCACAUCGCCAAAUGUUUGGCUCUACAUGCUUCUGGUACAGUACAUUUACUAAUACAAGGGCUAUCACUAAUGAUAUUAUUACUACUAUAGCUGUACAGUACCACAUCCACUACCACAACAUGCCCUCAUAGUUUAGCCAAAUCUUUAUUAUUAUUAUUAUUAUUAUUGUUAUUAUUAUUAUUAUUAUUAUUAUUAUUAUUAUUAUUAUUAUUAUUAUUAUUAUUAUUAUUAUUAUUAUUAUUAUUUUACAUUUACUGCCAAACUCAGAAAACCGUCAACACCUGAAAAAUUUCAGGAAUGUUGAUUGUGUACUGGCCAAUCACAAUAAAGUUCAGGAUACGCAAGCAAACCUCAAAACCACAAACUUAUUACCGUUGCUGUUUGCAGUUUAGUUUUCUCACACCUUAUUGGCUAUUUCCUCUCAACACAAUAACAUUCCAUAAAUAUUUCUGGUGCUCACGGUUUUAUGAGUUUCCCAGUAAAAGGUAACUUAUUGAAAAUAAAUGUUUCUGUAUGUAUUCGUUUUUUCUAUUUUAGAUGUGCCUAAUGCAGUGCGUAGUCUUUCAAGGUAAGCACAGUUUGAAGAAGAAUACGAAAGGGUCAAGGGUCAUUAUUUCCAUGUCAGGACCUCACGUGUCUUUAGUUGCUUGGGAACAUAUAGAGGGCCACAGGUUUAACAGUUCUUGAAAAUGAAUUUUCUCUGAACAAUGUCAAUACAUCAUCAAUAGAAAAGGUUAUGAGAGUUCAAAUUGAUCACGUGCAAAAGACACUUUGAUUCUCUGUCAAUUUCUGUCCACAGUAUCUUUAAGAAAUGUAUGAAGGUCACUUUGGAAAAUGAGUUAUAACAGGCUCCUCCUUUUACCGGUAUAAACCCUCCAAAACCCCCUAUGAAACAUUUAUAAGUGGCAGUUUGCGGUAUUGUAUUUUCUUCUGGUUGUCCCUCUCCUCAAAAACCAACAUCUUCAAAUUCUUAUUCGAUCCGGAAAGUGUGUCCUUAGUUGGCGACUCUUAAAAGGCCGCAAUAAGGCUUAUCAGUUCUCGACUGAAACUAUCAACUGUUUUUCUCUCUACUUUCCUCGCAGGCUUGACUACAGACAGGGAUGGGAUAAAGACUUCAGGGAUUACCUCAAGAAUCUGGACAAAAACAAACCUGUUAUACUGUGUGGUGACCUUAAUGUUGCUCACAAAGAAAUAGGUUAGUUUCUGGCUGUUAAUCCUGCUGAUCAAUUAUUCUUCUGUUUAAAAAAUACGUGCGCACCAGGUUUUAUGUCUCCACCCAUAACCGUGCGGAUAGAAUGGGAACAAGCUUUUCACACAACGAUUCCUAGGCUGAACAAGCGUUAGUUACGGUUUUUCAGUGAUAUCCAAAGUUAACCAUUUACUGGUUGGUGUAAGAUCCCAUCACCCUAAAACUUUUUAGACACCUUAUAAAGUUUACACAAAUUAGUAUUCCUUAUCGCUUCCACACUAUAUAUCCACAGUACUGGGGAAACCGAAGCCAUGAGGAAUACUAUGUCGUGUAAACUUCAAAAGGUGUGCAAGGUGUUUUUAGCCGAUGCAAACCAAUGCUAACCCUAUUAACCAAUAAUGGCUUGCAUUUUCUAUCGAAGCGAUCCUGAAAACCUUUCUACCAAUUCUCCUGUAGACAGGAGGUUUUGGAGAACUCUUUCUACGUUAAAACCGCUGAUAACUGAUACUACAUCUAUUUCCUUCCUUUCCUUUCUUAACGACUUAGAAAACCCAAAGACCAACACAAAAAAUACUGGUUUUACAAGAGAAGAAAGACAUAGUUUCACUGAACUGCUGGAGGAAAGCUUUGUUCAUUCGUUCCGUCACUUUUAUCCUGACAAACCUAAACAGUAUUCAUUUUGGUCGUAUAUGAGAAACGCCCGCGCAAAGAAUGUUGGCUGGUAAGUUACAGCUGUAGUUAUAACGCGUUAUUAUUUGCGAAGUGUCUUAUCCAUACUUUAGCAAACAUUGGGAAGCUUCUUCAAAGGCGACAACAAUGAGAACGUCAUAAAAGAAAUAGUUUUAAUUAGCAAAACAACAUCACUAAACUCGCAUCACGCCUUUUGGUUCGUUUCUUUGCCAUCACUGCACGACUAAGCUUCGUACUUGGUGCCCGAGUGCGGUACUCGCUUGGCACAAAUCUAAUACAAGAGGGCAGUUGCGGUCGAUUCGCCUGAAAGCGUUGGCUUGGACUUAAGUCGAUUCGCCCGAUGACAGUACAACACUCUACAACGUGGUGAACCUACUUCUUCGAGAUGUUAGAGAACCUACUUCUCAGAGAUCUUAAUUGGUGUUGGGUGUUCUGUGCCUUAUUGGGUGUCCUGUGCAAUUAAUAAGGGAGGUUAUUUCGUCGUCGUCGUCGACACACAUUUGCCUCUCUUUGAAGUGCUUGCUUACGUUUUGUCUCACUUUGACGCGCUAACUCACGUGAUGUUUCGUUUGUCCUCGGCGUUCAUCUUUCAAAGGUUUGGCAAGGUCUGAAAUUCUGUCUUGGUAAAGCGUUCGUCUUUUAAAAAGUUUGCUGAAUCUUCGUAAAGCGUACAUCGAUCUGUGUUUGCUGAAUCUUCCAAAGCGUUCAUCUUUCGGAAGUUUGCUGUUAAAUUUUACUUUGGAUUAAGCCUUCAUAACUUUCAGCAUGGUUCGUCACUGUCUUUGGAAAAUGUGUGCGAUUCCUGGUGCAUGCAUCAAACCGAGUUUAGUUGGGCAGCCUUUGUGUCACAAGGUAAAUCUACUAAGUUAUGUAGCUCGGCAGCCCUUGUCAGGCCACAGAGUAAAUUUAUCGAGUUGUGUAGCUGAGCGGCCGUUGUGUCACAAAGUAAAUCUACCGAGUUGUGUAGCUCGGCAGCUGUUGUGCCACAAAGUAGAUCUACUGAGAAGUGAAGCUCGGCGGCGCCAUUUGAUCAUGACGUGUAAUAUUCUCGGCACCAGACAAACGAACUCUUUAACUGUAUGUUAUUUAUUAGAAAAAACUUUUCAACCAGCCCACAGUGGCGCCACUCUCGAGUAACUGAAAUCAGCACGCUCGACCAAAUUACUGGAAAAGUUAUUGACGUGAGCAGCACACACAUUCCACUGAAGACUUUGACAGGGUUAUUGCGAAAUUUUAAUUCUGAUGUGAAAGCUUUUAAAAAAGUAAAUUCAGUUUAAUUUAUUUUGUCAACAAGUUAAUGAUUGGAUGCUCUUAGAAAUAACAGAGAAAAUUAUCCGAAGAAAUUUUUUUGAAGAAAGAAAAAGAAUCCAGGGUUAAACGCUAAUCGGCCUUUGAACAACUGCGCCCUGUAAUCGCGCCAGUAAAACAAAACUUAAAAUGUUCUAUUUACACGCCCAACGCACUCUGGCUGCUGUCUUCUCCGAUUACAAGCACUUGACACCGAACCAUACGAUACCUUGUCAAAAUCUUCUUAUAAUUAUUAUACACAGUUUAAAUAGAGGUUUCAUUGUAGGCAACUCCUACGUUCAAAAUAUGCCAUAAUCAUAUUUAUUUAUCGCAAGAACCAUCCAAUCUUCCCCCUCAACUGUUACCCGCCUGUACGCCUAACAAACAUAUCGAACGCAAUCUCCUAAGCUCCGAUUAUUCCUAGUUUUAGUUAACCUUGGAUUCCACAUGUGCAGUCACUGUCUUUCCAUGCUUAUUCCCUAUUCCCACAAGAGAGAAACUUCGUUUGCGGUCUCUGAUUCAGUGAGUCGAACUGUUUUCCAUACCAAUAUUUUAAAACGUGGCCAAAAACACCGCCUGAUUAAACUCUCAGUUAUUUCACUUGAGGCUGAGUGACACUAAAUACGAAAGCAUCAUUCUCUAUUAAUGUUCUAUUAACAUUGUGAUCUGCAGGGGUACUCACCAUUUACAUUAAAAAACCGAAAAUUCCGGAUGGAAAAUCAAAUGGUUCCCGCCAUUCCGUUUUAGAAGCUUCAGAAAACAACGGCUGUGAUUUGAUGCCAUGCAAUUUGUCAACUCUUUUUAGUUUGUUCAGCUGAUUUGGAUUGUAGCGGGUCGUUCUCUAGCCUCCCACGCAGGCGUUUUUAGGGGAGCUCGUCUUUCAUCCCUGAGGGGAGGGAUGAAAGACGAGCUCCCCAAAAAAUGCCUGCGCGGGAGGCUAGUCGUUUUCCCACCAUGUCAAAUGUUCUAGUUUAAUGUUUAUGCACAAGAUUUUCACGCAGGUGGUUUGUUUAAAUGAUAAGCACCCCUGCAGGGCAGCCUUUAGAGUAAACUCGAGGCCAUUUCCAUGUUCCCCCGGGCCGCUGCAUCAAAACGAGGGUUAGUGCUCGGCCUUUGAUAUGGACAUGAUUUUUCAUUGUCAUGUGCAUGUGGCCUGGGUUUUUGGAACACGAAAGUGGCCAAUUUUUUUUAAUAAUAUGAUAACUUUUCAUUGCAGGCGUCUUGAUUACUUUGUGGUGUCCGAGAGACGGGUGCCUAAACUAUCCGAUAGUCUGAUCCGUCAGCGUGUUAAAGGAAGUGACCACUGUCCAGUUGUUUUACUGCUGGCUCUUUAG